AUGGAAAGCCACCAAAGCUCUCGGGGCCGUCGUCUCUUUAAACUGCCAAAGGUUAUAUCUCCGCUUUUCACCUUUGGCCGCGGUAGGUUUCGUCUUCGCUGCGGCGGAGGGCGUGCGGAAGAGUGGGCGGCUGCGGCGGAGAGCGUGCGGACGGGUGGGUGGCUGCGGCGGAGGGCGUGCGGAAGAGUGGGCGGCUGCGGCGGAGGGCGUGCGGAAGAGUGGGCGGCUGCGGCGGAGAGCGUGCGGACGGGUGGGUGGCUGCGGCGGAGGGCGUGCGGAAGAGUGGGCGGCUGCGGCGGAGAGCGUGCGGACGGGUGGGUGGCUGCGACGGAGGGCGUGCGGACGGGUGGGUGGCUGCGACGGAGGGCGUGCGGACGGGUGGGUGGCUGCGACGGAGGGCGUGCGGACGGGUGGGUGGCUGCGACGGAGGGCGUGCGGACGGGUGGGUGGCUGCGGCGGAGGGCGUGCGGACGGGUGGGUGGCUGCGGCGGAGGGCGUGUGGACGAGUGCGUGACUGCGGCGGAGGGCGUGCGGAAGAGUGGGCGGCUGCGGCGGAGAGCGUGCGGACGGGUGGGCGGCUGCGGCGGAGGGCGUGUGGACGAGUGCGUGACUGCGGCGGAGGGCGUGCGGACGGGUGGGCGGCUGCGGUUCGAGGUUCGGUUGAAGCGCUUUGCGGAACAGAUGGGAAUGAGACAACAGCUCUCGAACAAGGAUGUUAAUAGUGAUAAGGAAUAA